AGCUGGGUAAACGCUCGGGGAGCUGGGUAAACGCUCGGGGAGCUCACAAGGCCCAACCGUCGGGGUUUCCGUCACCGGGCAGAGGGGGACAGAACCAUUCCUCUCUUCCUAUCAAGGCCAGUCCUCUGACAACAGGUAGGUGUCCACGAAGCAGGUGUCCGCGAAGCAGGUGUCGCGCCCCCUUGCUCUACAGCGCUCCAUGGCCAUGGCCAAGAAUCGUAUCCUCCGGCACUUCAACGGGCAGCUCGCGCUCGCCUUCGCCGUCAUCGCCGUCUCGACCUUCAACUAUGGCUUCGACAACGCGGGCUACGCGACGACCCAGGCCAUGGAGCCUUUCCAGCGCCAGUUCGGCGAGUGGAACGCGGCCGCGGGCAUGUACCGCAUCCCACCGUACUGGCUGUCGCUGUUCAACAGCCUCAACUUUAUCGGCUUCGCGGCCGGCGUCAUCAUCGGGAGCCUCGUCAGCCAGCGGUGGGGGCGACGCUGGUGCAUGUUCAUCAUGAGCGCCUGGGCUGUUGUGCCUGCAAUCAUGGCGGUCACUUCCAAGUCAAGGGAGCAGAUAAUGGCGGCGAGAGUGCUCAACUAUAUUUACAUUGGGAUGGAGCUGGCCGUCGUUCCGGUAUAUCAAUCCGAGAUCAUGCCGAGCGAGAUCCGUGGCUUUGCUGUUGGGUCCUACCAGUUCAGCCUAAUGUUUGGGACCCUGAUAGUGAGCGCGGUCUGUCGUGGAACGAGCUCGCUCCCUGGCAACGAAGCCUGGCAGAUACCCUUUAGCCUCUUCUUUGUCAUCCCCGUCAUCGUCAUGGGCAUGAUAUUUUUCAUCCCCGAGUCGCCGCGCUGGCUCCUGACCAAGGACAGGUCCGAAGAAGCCCGGGCGUCGCUCGCCAAGCUCCGGGGAGGUGUGCUCAGCGGCGACGAGAUCGAUGAGCAGUUCGAGGCUUUGCGGCUGGCUCUAGACAACGAGCCCGAGCAAGGAAAGUUCAAGGAGCUGUUUCAGGGCAGAAAUCUCAAGCGCACAGCCAUCGUAGUCGCCAUGAACUUCUUCCAACAGGCGACCGGUCAGGCUUUUGCAUCAACGUACGGAGCCAUCUUCAUCCGAGACAUCGGCACCGUCAACCCAUUCACCAUGAGCGUGAUAAACGCCAUCGUCAACCUCUGCGUCGCCUUUGUCGGCCUGUACCUCGUAGACCGCUACGGCCGUCGACCACUCCUCAUGAUCAGCGCUUUCUGGAUGUUUUCGGCCAUCGUGACCAUGGGCGGGCUGGGCACGGCCCCGAAUCCGUCGCCGGCAGUCAAGACGGCCAUCGUCUCGAUGCUGACCGUCUUCGCGGCGGGCUUCGUCUUCGCCUGGGCGCCGCUGACAUACGUGGUGACGACGGAGCUCCCGGCUCUGCGGCUGCGCGACGCGUCGCAGCGCACCGCAUCCAUCGUCAACGUCGGCACCAACUUCCUCGUCAGCUUCAGCAUCCCGUACCUGCUGUACCCGCCCUACGCGGCGCUGGGCUCGCGCGUCGGCUUCAUCUUCGCGGGCGUCAUCGCCCUGGCCAUGGCCUUCACGUGGCUCUGCGUGCCCGAGUGCAGGGGCAAGUCGCUCGAGCAGGUCGACCGGCUCUUCAACGAGGGCGUCAGCGUGAGGAAGUUUGGCAACUACAAGCCCGAGGAGCUGACGGCGGGCCCCGAGGAUGCGGGCGAGAAGGGAAAGGCGGGAGUGGUGGUGUCAAAGGAGGCGUGAAACCGGUGUGGUUCUUGGUUUGGUUUGCAGGCGCCAUUAUUGAGCCAAGGCAAAGUGCCCCGCUGAAGGUUUGAGCCUGGUGGCUGAAGCUGAACAUUGAAGUGCACUGAAUUCCACACCGUGCUUGGAUCCAGCAGUUCCUGGGUGGCCUGUGCUGUGCUGCUUACUGAGACUCCCCCGCAGUAAGG